AUGACACGUUAUUUAUUAUUUUUUCUUACGAUUAUUAUUUAUAUACCUAAAAUAUCUUCUAUUGAUUCAAAAUCACCAAUUAUUUUCAUUCCUGGAAGUUUUUGUAGUCUACUUGAAGUACGUAUAAAUACAACACUUCAACCAUCAUGUCCAAUAUCUUUACAUAAUCGAUGGAUUAUUCUUUGGUUAAAUCUUCGUUUUUUUGAACCAGAAUUUUUAACAUGUUUUCAUAAUAUAUUUAAAUUCAUAUAUAAUUCUUCAUUAAAUUCAUUUGAAAAUCCAUCAGGUGUUGAAACUCGUAUUAUUUAUAAUUCAAUAAAUGAUUCAUUUCUUAAUGAUGGUAUAAAUAUUCAUUCAUUACCAUAUGAUUUUCGACGAGGUACAAAUAAAACUUUACUAUCUUUUAAUAAUAAUUUAAAACAAUUAAUUGAAUUAACAUAUAUAAAAAAUAUGAAUAAAAGUAUUUAUUUAAUAAGUCAUAGUACAGGUGGUUCAAUGAUAUUAUUUUUUCUUUCACAACAAUCACAAUUAUGGAAAGAUCAAUAUAUUCAUGGAUGGAUAUCAUUAAGCGGAAAUAUAGCUGGUGAAAUUGAUAAUAUACAAAAUUUAAUUCAAGGUUCUCUUUCACCUAUUUUAACACGUGAUAUUUUUCAAACAUGGGAUUUUUUUGCUUGGCGUCUACCAGAACCAAUGAUUUAUGGUUCUGAAAGAAUUAUUAUAAAAACACCAACAAAAAAUUAUACAUCAUAUGAUAUGUUAAAUUUUUUACGUGAUUUAAAUGCUAAUGAACUUUCAUUAAUUUAUCCACAAGCAUCAUCAAUAUUAGCAUCUUUACCAGCACCUAAUGUAAAUACAUAUUGUUUUUAUGGUGUUAAUAUUUCAACACCAAUUGGUUAUAUAUCAAAAUCAGAUCAAUUUAUAAGUAAUCAAUUAGAAACAAUUUAUGGUUGGGGUGAUGGAGAACAAGAUGAUACAACAAAUAUGUCAUGUCAAUUAUGGAAAAAAACAAUGGAUAUUAAAUAUAAAUUAAUUUUAAAAGGAUUUGAUAGAGUUAAUCAUUUAGCACUUGUAGGAAAUGAUUAUGUAAUUGAAGAGAUUGAUCAGAUUAUUUUUUCAUAA